AUGGUAGCUGAUGGUAUUGCAGAGAUUCGCUUUCACACAUCUUCUCACUCUGAAUAUCUGAAGAACUUUCAAGAAAUUCUUGAAUGUAUGGAAGAAAAUAUGUGUAUCCUCAAUGAGAAAACAGAAGCACGGGUCAAAACGCUUCAAGUCACUAUUGAAGAUUUUGAAGGCACAACUGCUUAUAUCAAAGGACAAGUUGCUCGUAACAUGCAGAUGAUUGAAACUGUAGAUCAAAAAAUUCAUAACACCAUUGAAGCCUGUCUCUCUCCGAUGAAUCAGAAGAUAGAUGACUUACUACAGUCCUUAUCCAAUCUAGAGUCCGUCUAUGAAGGCAAAUUGGAUCAUAUGCAGAAUCAUGUUACUGCUCAAGACCGCUACAUCUCCUCUCUUGAGACGUCCAUUGCUGAACUCUCUAAAGCUUCUGCAUCAUCCUCCACCUCUCCCUUUCAGGCGUUCAGUGAGCAGGUUCAACGUCAAUUGGAUUCGUUAAGCUCUGACAUAGCAAAUCUAUCCAAAUCCAAUUUUGAGAAAAAAAAUAGCUCAGCAGGUGACAUAUCUUCCCUUCAAAAGACUGUUCAAUUGCUAGUCGAUGAAGUCAAGGCUAUCAAGGAACAAUCUUCCUCUUCAGAUCUAUCUGCUCUUCAACAAAAGGUUGCAUCAACUGAUUCUAAACUUGACUUGAUCUUAGCAAAGUUAUCUGGUUCAAAUGAGAGGCCACCUGAACCAGAGGGGCAAAAGAUCCACAAGACCAGAUCAAGUCAAUCUCCUAUCAUACACCAAAUUCCAGACUCACCAAAUGAGUUUGAGAAAAGGAGACAUGAGAAAAUAGAGUCACUUGACAAAAUGGUUGCUGAUGCACGAUUAAAGGCUCAACAGAACAGAGCAAAGAUAGCUGAGAAAGAAAAGGAACUCGUUCGACAACAAGGGAUCAAAGAUCCAUCUCUAAGAGUUCCAAGAAGGAAAGAUGUUUACUUUUCCAAACCUCUUACCAUUUCAGAACCAAUCACUCAGCCAAAGCUUUCUCAAACUGAUCCCAAGGAUAAGGGAAAACAGAAGAUUAUCUUCAAGUCUAAGAAGGAAUUAGUUAAAGAAGCUCAAAUGGAGGUAGAUGAAGAAGUAGCAAAGCAACUGAAGGCUAAGGAAUUAAAUUCUAAACAAGAGAUGCUUCUCAAAAGAAAAUCUUCAGAGAUCUCGACUGAAGAAAGGAGUACAUGGCAUGAUGAACAAUAUAGAGUGUCUUUACCUAAAAGAACCAUCUUCUUUAACCCUGAUAGAGAUUCCUAUCAAAAGGUAAAGGUCAUCAAGCCCACAAAUUCCUUUACACCUCCUUCUGAAUUCACUAAAGAAAACUGGGAUAUUCCUGCACCCCCGAAUGGUAUGAAGUUCAAUUUAUGGCCAAGUGCAAUUUAUCCACUCGAGGUUAAUAUAGACAUUGAAGAGAUAAAGAAAAGAUUCUUCCUGAAGAAAUUAAUUCAAGUUGUCCCUGUAUGGUCAAAGUCCAAGAUUGCUUCAAAUAGCAAAAUUGAUAUACGAAAAUUUAGAAAAAUGCCAUAUGCAUUCUUUCAAGGAAGAAGGACAGACAAAUCUGAAUUCAUGUUUUCUGAAGCUGAUUUCCCUAAAAUAAACCAAGCUGAUAUCAGAUCACUGAUCAUUUGGUUGAAACAAAGGGUGAGUACAGAUAAAGCUUAUGCAGAAGUUCUACAACGCCUAAGGCAAUAUGUGCUCGACAUGCUUAUUGAUUUCAGUGUUGACUGGGAGAUUAGACAAUUGAGAGAAAAGGAAGUUGAGGAACCAAAUUUAGAUCUAAGUAUGGAGAAUGAGUCGCCUGGGAACAUUCUAAAGAAACCACACAAAGGUGUUGUAUUUUCUUCUAAAGGUCGACUGAAAUUCAUGAGAAUCUCCCAAAAACAUCUAUUCUCCUCUGAAUUCAUUAAAGGCAUCAUUGGUUUAUUGAAGAGAACAGGAGAUCAUGAUGAAUCACUAAGAGUGAAGAUCAUUGAAGAAAUUUCAUGGUUUUUAAGUUUUCGGCAAUGGUUAAUAAACUUGAGAAACAAAGUUUAG